UUGUGUGUAGAGAGCUGGACUGUGGGGCUCCUGUACAGGUGCUGGGAGCAGCUGCUUUUGGCAAAGGGAAAGGCCGUGUUUGGUCAGAGGAGAUUCAGUGCAGAGGAAAUGAAUCUCAAAUAGACAUCUGUCCACGAUUAACUUCACAGAUGCACAGCUGUUCCCAUAACAAUGAUGUGGGAGUGAUGUGUUCUGGUUACACUGAUCUCAGACUGGUAAAUGGUUCAGACUCUUGUUCUGGAAGAGUGGAGCUUCAGUAUCUUGGUAAAUGGGGCACAGUGUGUGAUGCAUGCUGGGAUAUGAGAGCUGCCAGUGUCCUCUGUAGACAGCUGAAUUGUGGGAUUGCUGUGUCUGUUGUGGGAUCAGACUGGUUUGGAGAGGGAAGUGGUGAAAUCUGGGCUGAUGUGUUUGAUUGUGACGGGAAUGAAACAAAACUCUCAGAAUGUUCCAUCUCUUCAUGGAGUCGAGCUGAAUGUUCUCAUAGACAAGAUGUUGGAGUCAUCUGCUCUGAGAGUGAAGCUCAUCUGAGGAACUGCAGCUUUUCACAAACUCUCAACUGCAGCUCCACACAACAGCUGUCAAUCACAGACUUUGGUCGUGGGUCCAUCAGGCUGGUGGGUUCUGGGGGAGACUGUGCAGGGAGGCUGGAGGUUUUUCACAGCGGCUCAUGGGGGACAGUGUGUGAUGACUCCUGGGAUAUUAAAGAUGCCCAUGUGGUGUGCAGACAGCUGCAGUGUGGAGUGGCCCUCAGUAACCAGCAGGUACCAGCCUGGUUUGGUCCUGGUUCUGGACCCAUAUGGCUGGAUGAGGUGGAGUGUGAGGGGAAUGAGACGUCCCUGUGGAGCUGCUCUUCUUCAGGCUGGGGAAAACAUGACUGUCAACACAAGGAGGAUGUAGGAGUCGUGUGCUCAGAGUUUAAAGAGAUCAGGUUAACUGAGGGCUGUGAAGGGAAUGUGGAGGUUUUCUACAAUGGAUCCUGGGGUAAUGUGUGUUACAACCAGAUGGACAGAGACACAGCGAGUCUGAUCUGUCAAGAGCUGAACUGUGGAAGAUCUGGCAGUGAACCCAUUAAUUCAGAGGGACUGAAGCCUCAUAAUUGGCUUGAUAACCUUAAAUGUCGACGACAUGAUUCCACUAUAUGGCAGUGUCCAUCUUCACCCUGGGGACAGAAUGACUGUGAUAAUGAAGCUGCCAAAAUCACCUGCUCAGAAACAGUGUUCAAACUGAGUGGAGGGGAGGGCCGGUGCUCUGGGAGGCUGGAGGUGUAUCAUAACGCUGUGUGGGGCUCAGUCUGUGAUGAUCAGUGGGACAUCAGCGAUGCUCAGGUGGUCUGCAGGCAGCUGGGUUGUGGAGCAGCACUGAGGGCUGAUGGGAAUUCAGUCUUUGGUGCUGGUGAAGGUGUUGUGUGGAUGAACAAAGUCGAGUGCAGAGGGAAUGAGAUUCACCUGUGGGACUGUCCUCUCUCCCUGAAAAACCACACUGACUGCUCCCACAAAGAGCACGCUGGACUCACCUGUGCAGAUUUGCAAGAUUUGUCCGUGUCCAUUACUCCUGCCACAACAACAUCAGCUUCUCCCACAGUUUCUCCUCCAGUGCGCUUAACAUCAGUUACUCCUCCACAAACUCCUCCAACAGUGUCUCCUCAGUCCCUCCUCCCCCCAGUGCUUGUGAUUGUACUGGUAGUUGUGCUCUUACUGCUCUUAGUGCCACUGCUUAUACUGAUUCAGCAGAACAGAGUGAUGAGGAGAGCUCUCUCUAAGAGGAGACACAGGAUGACGUCUGAGGCCGUUUAUGAGGAGAUUCAGCACAGACACAAUCACUUCACUCAGAGGGGGAGUCUCAUCUCUGAAGAACUGCAUUCUGGGUAUGAAGAUGCUGAUGAGCUUCUCUCAGAAGAGUUCAAGACUGCAUAUUAUGAUGAUGUCACCAAUGGCAGUGGCCUAAAAGAAGAGAUGGUGAAGGAAAUCACACCGGGAUACUAUGAUGAUGUCAUCACUGAUGGACUGAAACCAGAUCGUGAGACAGAAGACACACCUGAGAGCUAUGAUGAUGUCAUGACGAGCGGACAGAACUCUGAUAUCAAAAAAGUGAACACACCAGAGAAUUAUGAUGAUGUCAUCAUUAAUAGACCGAGCUCUCAAGGUGUAACAGAGGGAGUUCAGGAGGAGUAUGAUGAUGUGACGAGUGUCAGUGAAGAUGUGAGAAACCUGUUGGAUUAUGAUGAUGUGGAGGAGGAGUCAAACAAAGAAUUUGGCUCAGUGAUCACACCCACUGCCUCAUUUCAACGGAGUCUCAUCUCUGAAGAACUGCAUUCUGGGUAUGAAGAUGCUGAUGAGCUUCUCUCAGCAGAAGAGUUCAAGACUGCAUAUUAUGAUGAUGUCACCAAUGGCAGUGGCCUAAAUGAAGAGUUGGUGAAGGAAAUCACACCGGGAUACUAUGAUGAUGUCAUCACUGAUGGACUGAAACCAGAUCAAGACACACCUGAGAGCUAUGAUGAUGUGAUGACGAGCGGACAGAACUCUGAUAUCAAAAAAGACCGCGUGAAUGUGAGGUUGGUUGGUGGUCACAGUCGCUGUGCUGGUAGAGUGGAGGUUCUUCAUAGAGGUCAGUGGGGAACAGUGUGUGAUGUUGCCUGGGAUUUGAUUGAUGCUGCAGUGGUGUGUAGAGAACUGGACUGUGGAGAACCUGUAGAUGUCUGGGGUGAUGCACACUUUGGACAAGGAUCAGGACCAGUCUGGAUGUAUUUUGUCAGAUGUGUUGGUUCGGAAUCCACACUGAAGGACUGUGGAUCAUCAGGAUGGGGCAAAAGUUACUGUGAUCAUUCUAAAGAUGCUGGAGUCAUCUGCUCAGAAGUAAUACAUGUGCGGUUGGUCAAUGGUAACAAUCGCUGCAGUGGGACAGUGGAGGUUCUUCAUAGAGGUCAGUGGGGAACAGUGUGUUUUGAUGGUUGGGAUUUGGCUGAUGCUGCAGUGGUGUGUAGAGAACUGGACUGUGGAGAACCUGUAGAUGCUCUGGGUGAUGCUCAGGCACCAAGCUGGUUGGAGGUUCUCGCUGCUCUGGGAGACCAUGUGAAUGUGAGGUCGGUCGGUGGCAAAAGUCGCUGUGCUGGUAGAGUGGAGGUUCUUCACAGAGGUCAGUGGGGAACAGUGUGUGAACUUGGAUGGGAUAUGACUGAAGCUGCAGUGGUGUGUAGAGAACUGGACUGUGGAGAACCUGUAGAUGCUGUGGGUGGUGAUCAUUUUGGAUCAGGAUCAGGACCAAUCUGGACAAAUCGUAUGACAUGUACUGGAUCAGAGACUACAUUGAAGAACUGUGGAUCAGUUCAGUUGUAUGAUUAUAACUGUAAUCAUGAUGCAGAUGCUGGAGUCAUCUGCUCAGGUGUCAGGCUGGUUGGAGGUUCUCGCUGCUCUGGGAGGUUAGAGAUACUUCAUGAUCAGACGUGGAUGUCAGUGUGUGACGCUGCCUUUGACCAGCAGGAUGCAGAGGUUGUGUGUAGAGAGCUGGACUGUGGGGCUCCUGUACAGGUGCUGGGAGCAGCUGCUUUUGGCAAAGGAGACACUCAGAUGUGGACACAAGAGAUUCAGUGCAGAGGAAAUGAAUCUCAGAUUCACCUCUGUUCAACAUCAUCACACAAACACAACUGCUCCCAUGAUAAUCAACAGGCACUUCUGUGUGCUGAUGGAAUGAAUGUGAGACUAGUAAAUGGUAACAGUCGCUGUGCUGGUAGAGUGGAGGUUCAUCAUAGAGGUCAGUGGGGAACAGUGUGUGAUAAUAGUUGGGAUUUUCCUGAUGCUGCAGUGGUGUGUAGAGAACUGGACUGUGGAGAACCUGUAGAUGCUCUGGGUGGUGCUCACUUUGGACAAGGAUCAGGACCAAUCUGGAUGGCUGUUUUAUUAUGUACAGGGUCAGAGUCCACACUAAAGAACUGUGGAUCAGGAGGGUGGAAUAAACAUAGCUGCUCUCAUAGUAAUGAUGCUGGAGUCAUCUGCUCAGGUCAUAAACGCUCCAGACUUGCUGAUGGGUCUCAUCUUUGCUCUGGGAGGUUGAAGAUACUUCAUGAACAGACGUGGAUGUCAGUGUGUGACGCUGCUUUUGACCAGCAGGAUGCAGAGGUUGUGUGUAGAGAGCUGGACUGUGGGGCUCCUGUACAGGUGCUGGGAGCAGCUGCUUUUGACAAAGGAGACGCUCAGAUGUGGACACAAGAGAUUCAGUGUAGAGGAAAUGAAUCUCAGAUUUCAUUCUGUUCAAUAUCAUCAUCAAACAAACACAACUGCACCAAUGACAACAUUGUGGGACUGAUCUGCUCUGGUUACACUGCUCUUAGACUAAUAAAUGGCUCAGACUCGUGUUCUGGAAGAGUGGAGCUUCAGUUCCUCAGUAAAUGGGGCACAGUGUGUGAUGCAUCCUGGGAUAUGAGAGCUGCCAGUGUCCUCUGUAAACAGCUGAAUUGUGGGAUUGCUGUGUCUGUUGUGGGAUCAGACUGGUUUGGAGAGGGAAUUGGUGAAAUCUGGGCUGAUGUGUUUGAUUGUGAGGGGAAUGAAACAAAACUCUCAGAAUGUUCCAUCUCUUCAUGGAGUCGAGCUGAAUGUUCUCAUAGACGAGAUGUUGGAGUCAUCUGCUCUAGAUCCUCUCUGGCUCUUCAUGAUGGUCUGGUGCGGUUGUCUGGAGAGAGACAGUGUCAGGGGGAGGUGGAAGUUUUCAUCCAUCAGGUCUGGAGGAGAGUUCUGCUGGACUCCUGGAGUCUCACUGAAUCCUCUGUGGUCUGCAGACAGCUGGGCUGUGGCUCUGUGCUGAACUUCUACGGCUCCUCUUCAUCCAGUCCUGAACACAGUCAUGAGUGUGUGACGGGCUUCCAGUGCUCUGGGAGUGAAGCUCAUCUGGGGAACUGCA